AUGCCGUUCAACUCAAAUCGGGAUUUUGACCAUCAGAGUGGUCCUGAUCGCCAAGGUCCGAGACAAUAUGGUAGGAGAGAUGGAAACUGGAACCCACAGGAUGUGGAUGCUCAGGCAGCACCCGAGAGUGGUGAUACAGAACAAGUUGUACGUUGGGAAGAGAACCAUACUGAGGCAGACGAACAGUUGGAUAGUGCCUCAGCGGAGACUGAAGAGACGACGGACGGCGUUGUGGAAACACCUGUUGAAGAGGAACCUAAAAGCUACACGCUGGAAGAGUACAAGGCUAUGCGUCAGUCUGCUAAACCGGCGGUUAUCACAAACAACAAGAAUCUCCGCAAGGCCAAUGACGGCAAAGAUGUGUUUGCAAACAUGGUGGCUCACAGGAAAGUACAGGAGGUUCAUGAAGAUGGUGAACAGGUCGAAGAGAAGGAGAACGAGCCUGAGGCACAACAGCCGAUUGAUAUUGACUUCUCGUUCACAGACGAGUUUGGAGGUCGUAGAAGAGGCGGUCGAGGAUUUGAGAAUAGAGGGUUUGAUCGCGGACGUGGUGGCGCACGAGGUGCAAGGCCGAGAGGCGAGCGUGGAGGUCAGGGAAGAGAUGAAUUACCCGGAUUAGCUCAGACGAUUAUUGAUAAUGAAGCAGUGAUUGAACAACUUCGAGAUAAGAUUUACAAUGAAACUACAGGAACAGUCUACGACAACAUUGAUAUCUAUGUCGACUGCUGGAGACAAUUUAACGAAAACAAAUUCGGAAAAUUAUUAUUCUCGGGUGUGUUUCAGGACUUGUUCUAA